AUGGAUUCACCUCUUUAUCCUUAUAGCAACAACACGGACAAUAGUAAUAAAAACACCAAUUUACGAACAGUAUCAUCAGAUAUAGAUCAAGUAGUACAACAUGCCCAUGGUUUAUAUGAUAACAUGGUUCAUUAUAAGCCUUAUUUAUUAUCUUCUGAUUCAAACCCGCAGCAUGAUGAUGAAUUACGACCUUGGAUGGAUGAAAUGAUUGGCAAAGCAAAUCAAGUUUUAAAUGCUCUUUUACGAAUACGCAAACAACAAAUGGCGAUUGGCCAAAAUCUCAUUAUCAACCUAUGUCAAAUCAUUCAGUUACUAAAACGUUCGACUUUUCAAGGUAGAUGUCAUUCAUGUAAUAUAUCAGAAACACCAGAAUGGCGUCGGGGACCUGAUGGAGCAAGAACUCUUUGCAAUGCUUGUGGUUUACGUAAGUUGAACUUUUUUUUUCUUUCCUUUCACACACUCAAAACACAUUUAUAUAUAUCUCGUAAGCUUAACCUUUUUUUUUCUAUAGAUUAUGCUAAAUUGGCAAGAAAGAAGGCUGCUGCUGCUGCCAAUACUGUCACUGGUUCGCCUCCUUCAUCUUUAAACAACAACAAUGCCGCCUCCAUAUGA